AUGCCGCUCACCACUAAAAAAUUAAGCACUCACUUUGCAAUUCUGGUUUAUAAUUCACUUUUCACUCCGUCUAGCGUGUACCAAAUCGAAGAACUACAACGCACUGAUACUGAUGAGAACGAUUUAAGUCCACAAACAUUAGACGUCAUGUAUAGAUUUUAUCAAAUAUCGUGGGCUGCCAAAUCCAUCAACAGUAUUAAUCACACGUAG